UUGUCGUCACAAACAGUGGAGGACAGAUGUUUCUGCGUCCAGUGUGGUUAUCACUUUCCACAAUGAGGCCCGUUCAGCCCUGUUGCGCACUGUGAUCAGUGUGCUGAAGAAGAGUCCUCCUCAUCUGGUCAAAGAGGUCAUAUUGGUGGAUGACUACAGUGACAACCCUGAAGAUGGUGCCUUACUUGGAAAAAUGGAGAAAGUCAGAGUCCUACGGAACGAUCGUCGAGAGGGCUUGAUGCGAUCCCGAGUCAGAGGGGCGGAUGCGGCCACGGCCAGUGUACUAACCUUCCUUGACAGCCACUGCGAGUGUAAUGAACACUGGUUGGAGCCCCUGCUAGAAAGGGUUGCUGAGGAUAAGACUCGGGUCGUGUCACCCAUCAUAGAUGUCAUUAACAUGGACAAUUUCCAGUAUGUGGGGGCAUCUGCAGAUCUUAAAGGAGGUAAAUCUCUUUCAUCAGCUCCUAUUUCAUCAUAUCAUAAUUCA